AUGUCAACCUCAUUCAAGAUAGUCGAGCAUCGGACUCCCUGUCAAAGCAUUAGAGAGUAUCCUCAAGCUACCUCGACAUACCAGGAAGAAGUGUUGUAUCUCAGCGCUAAACAAUACAUUCCUCUCAACCGCACACCACAAGAAGGAGAUGUGACGAUAUUGGCAGCUCAUGCCUCCGCAUUCCCCAAAGAGUUGUACGAGCCACUGUGGGAAGACCUGCUUAAGCAGAGCGAGAAGGCCGGUUAUGGUAUUCGCAGCAUCUGGAUGGCAGAUGUAGCGAAUCAAGGUGCAUCCUACGUGCUCAACGAAGAUAAGAUAGGCAAUGACCCAAACUACGCAGACCAUGCACGCGACCUCCUCAGUCUCAUCAACACCCACCGCUCAGAGUUCACCCGUCCCAUCAUUGGUGUAGGCCACAGUAUGGGCACCAUAUCUCUCUGUCUCCUCGCGCAAAUGCAUCCUCGCCUCCUGACCUCUAUUGUCAUGCUCGACGCCAUCAUCAUCUCCAAACCACUGCCCGCUUGGGUCCCCAUGACCCGCAUGCCAUCCUUCCGCAAAGACCUCUGGCCUUCCCGCUCAGCAGCCGAAACCGCAUUCCGAAAGAACUUCCUACUCAAACCCUUUGACCAACGUGUCGUGGAGAAGAUCCUAGAAGUCAGCAUCCGCCCAACACCUACCUUACUGUAUCCAGAAGGUACAGCAGAGGAGAAAGACAAGCAAAGCUACACCCUCACAACGCCUAAACAUCAAGAAGCCAUGUCUGUCGCACGACCGAAUUACAAGAACCUGAAUUGGGAAGACAAGUCUGAUCUAGUGGCUAGAAGUACCCAUCCGGAUCUAUGGCCUUGUGCACCAAUCGUAUCUCCCUUUUACAAGUCUGAAGGGAGAACUGCUUGGAUGUUCUUGUCUCAUCUACGUCCUUCUGUACUUUGGAUCUACGGCGGAGAUUCAUAUACCAUGGAUCCUGAAGAGAGAAGUGCAAAGAUGAAAAGGACAGGAACUGGUUGGAACGGCUCUGGCGGUGCUGAGAUGGGUAGGGUGAAAGAGCAAGUCGUAAAAGGCACUGGACAUUUCCUUUGCUUUGAGAAGAUCGAGGAGACAGCUGAAAAGGUGUCAAACUGGUUGGACAGUGAGGUCAAGAUCUGGAAGGAUCUAGAAAAGGUUAUAGUGGACAAAGACUGGUUAGAACAGGAUCUUGUGGGAAGACAGAGAAUGGAUGUUAGGUGGUUGGAAGGUGUCAAGAAGUGGAAGGGUGAUCAGAAGGCCGUUCCUUUGAGUAAGCUUUGA